ACAGUAUCUUUAGAUGUAUGUACUGUUUGAUACUAUGUUGCAACCUAAGUUGUAUAAAAUUCAUACUGUGUGAUUGUGAGUGGAUCAGGAAGUAAUUAUGAAUUUUAAUAAAUUACGACAAUGCUAUAAAUUUCUUUCUUUCAAAUCAUUACAUCAAAGUUCAUAUGUACCAUUACGAAACCAAAAACCAUUUAUUUAUGAUAAAUUGUUGAAAAUUGCUUCAUAUAGGAUAUUUUUUCAUGGUAAUCUACAAAAAAUAUUAAAAAAGGAGCCUUUUUCAACCUCAAUACUUCAUAAUACAGAUGUUAAAACCAUGUCUGGAGAUGAUAAAAUUUGCCUUAAUGUUGAUUAUAAUGAGAUUCUAAAAGCUCAAAAUGAUAGUAGUGUUUUAAUCAUCGAUGUCAGGGAAAAGGAAGAAAUUGAUGAAACUGGAAAGCUACCUGGAAGUAUUCAUAUACCAAUGGGAGAUGUUGCAAAUACAUUGUCGAGCCUUUCUGAGAAAGAUUUUAAAGAGAGAUUUAAGAAAGAAAAACCUUCCAAAAAUACGAAGAUCAUAUUAAGUUGUAGAUCUGGGAAAAGAAGUGGCAUGGUUCAAGAAGAAAUUCGAAAGCUUGGAUAUGAAAAUGCAUACAAUUAUGUUGGAGGAUGGCUAGAUUGGGAAAGCAAUCAGAAAGUAUAAGCUAUUGUUAUAAUUAUUUUUACAUGAGUAGAUAUAUUUACUUAUAAAUAUUAGUAAACACUUAUAUAUAAUUUCUUAACUUACAAUAAUAAACUGUUAUUAAAUGUUUAAAAUGAAAAUUUUUUAAGCUAAUCCUCAUUGAUAAAUAAUAUCAUAUGAUAUAUAAUCAAUUAAGAUAAUAUAUUUAGAUCUAUUUCCAUAUAUGUAUAUAUCUACAUGCGUAUAAAUAAUAUUUUACAAUGU